GGCUGCAGCAGAUCCCCGGGCCAGCGAGGCGCCCCGUGCCCGGGCAAAGCGCCGUGCUCGCCUGGGACCUCUGACCAUCCCCAGCCCUGCCCAAAGCUCGCCCCGGCCCCUGCCAGCCGCCAGCGAGUCAGAAACAAAGAAGAAACCCCCCUGCGGGCUGGGACUCGCCCCGUCUUCUGAGCUCGGGGACGUCACGCGCGCCUGGCUAUAGAUGGAGCUGUGGGGUCCGAACCAGCCCUUCCGUGCAAACCCAUGCGCCUGGCCAUGGAGGUGUGUGCGGGCCACAGGGGCAGGCUGCUCUGUAGUGUAACUGGAGAGCUGCUGUGAUCGACAAAGGGCGAGCAGAGAGAGAGGAGGUGCCCGGUGCAUCUCCCAUAUACCCUCACCCCCCCCCCCACCCAAGAACAGACACAUCAACCCCAGCCUCAUUGCUGUCAGGAGCUCCGCUCUGAUCCCCCCCACCCCGAACCCCUCCCCCUCUCCCCUCCAGCCCGAUCACACCAAGGAAUGAUGAAAAAAAAUAAUUCUACAAAAAGGGGGCCACAGGAUGGAAACCAGCAAUCCAUGCAGCCAGAGAAGGUUGGCUGGGUUCGGAAAUUUUGCGGGAAAGGCAUUUUUAGGGAAAUCUGGAAAAACCGUUAUGUGGUUUUGAAGGGAGAUCAGCUUUAUAUCUCAGAAAAAGAGGUCAAAGAUGAAAAAAACAUCCAGGAAGUGUUUGACCUGAGCGACUAUGAGAAAUGCGAAGAGCUCAGGAAGUCCAAAAGCAGAAGCAAAAAGAACCACAGCAAGUUCACGCUAGCACACUCCAAACAGCCUGGAAACAUGGCACCAAAUCUGAUCUUCCUGGCCGUCAGUCCGGAAGAGAAAGAGUCCUGGAUCAACGCCCUCAACUCCGCCAUCACCCGAGCCAAAAACCGCAUCUUAGACGAGGUGACUGUUGAGGAGGACAGCUACCUCGCCCAUCCGACCCGCGACAGAGCGAAAAUCCAACACUCCAGACGGCCUCCGACACGGGGACACUUGAUGGCUGUGGCAUCUACCUCAACGUCGGAUGGCAUGCUGACACUGGACCUCAUCCAAGAGGAAGACGCCUCUCCAGAGGACCACGGGACCUGUGAAGAGAACUUUCGGGUGGACCUGGAUAAGUCUGUGGCGCACCUCGCUGCCAGCCGGCGCCGGUCGGAUUCGGAGAACGUCAAGUCCUCGGAGAAAGGCCGGACAGUGAGCCUGCCGAGACGGGAGGCGACCUCGUGGGACAAAACUGGGAAACGCAACGACGCCUUCGACAAAGGGACCAUGUACACCCCGCAGGUCCCCAAAAAGCUCUCACACUCGGAAAAGAACAAAUGUGCCUCCAUGGAGGAGAUUUUGUCUCGCCGGGACUCUUCCGCACACCGGGCGGUGCUGAGGAAGGGGCUGGAGGCUCAGUUUGCCUCGGGUGAGCCCGAGCAGCUGGCCCGGAUACAGGAACUGGUUGCACUGAAACUGGAAAAAACUCAGGAACUGCUGACGGAGGUGAAGGGCUACGGGGAAGGGAAGCGAAAGACAAAAGAUUUCGCCGCUGCCGCCACCACCACUUCUUCCUCUUCCAAGUUGGACUCUGAGAGCAUCUUGCAGGAGACAGAGAGGUUGCUGGGUGAGGCCUCCUCCACCUGGAGCCAAGCCAAGAAGGUGUUACAGGAGAUUAAAGAGCUGAGGGACCUGUACAAACAGUUAGAACUGCAACCGUCGGACCCUAAACCCAAACAGAUCUCACAGUCUCAGUACAGGAAGAGCAUGAUGUGAAGGCACGCUUCAGGGUGGGAUGGUGGUGAUUUCUUUUUAUUAUUAUUUACAGUGUUCGAAACAGUACAAGGUGCCUGUUCUCAUCAAAACUUGCUCCUCAAGCUUGACCCCUUCCCCUCCCCAGAUCUCCCCCUCUCCCCCCAUCCCCAGAUGAAACAAAAGGUGUUCAAAUAAAUCAGUUUGGAUUCCUACUUUUUUUCAAAGUAUCCUUUCUCUGCGUUCUUGGGCUGCUCAUGUCAUGCUUGCAGGACGGAAGAUCACCAAGACCUGGAAAGCUCCCGGCAUACUUGUGGGGACAUAUGCACAGCAGCAGGGGUAGAUAUUCUCCCUCUAUAGAAGCCCUGGGUUUGCUGCUCUGAACCCAGUGUCCUGCAUUACAGCUCUUUGACCAAGAGCAUUGGCAACGUGGCGUAUGUUUUUCCUCCUCUUUAAAAAAGAAUCAGCACGUGGAGGUCCCUGUUAUCCAAAAACUGUCUGGAAGAUGCUUGCCAGUGACAUCCAAGCCGGGGUUGGAAUUCCGUUGUCAGAACGAGGCGAUUCCCAGCCUGGAAUGCAGUCUGACGUGUCAUGAGAGGCAUCGGGAGCUCCUUCCUGGACUGCAGUUAACAGGGCUCUUCCCUGGCAUUGUUCCUGCACUGAUCCCAAACCCUCUUUUGCAAACUCCUGUGGCAGGCAGCUGUUAAUACAUGUGGUACAAAUACAGCCCUCUGUACAGAGGCAACAGGUAUGCAAUCUGUGUUAAAACUAACCCUGUCUGUCAGCCGAUGCUUCGGAGACACCCUCUGGCCCGGUGCAAUCAGAUUUAGCAACCACAAUGUCUUCCUUCUUGUGCAGAUGAUCAAGGCCUGGAGUCCAACGGGCCGUCAUUAUUUGUUUUUCAUUGUUCUUUCCUUCAUUUAGGCUGGAGUGAAAUGGAAAGUCAGGGUUUGGCACAGAGGGCAACAGAAAAGCUGAGAAUUGCUGUUGGUUUAAUGGGCCUGAUGCUGCUCUCGCUCACACUCCGUUUACACGAUUGAUCCUCACACAAUUGUCUCUUAGCUGACAUUGACGUGAGGUCAGUAUCAGGCCCACUGAAACUCAAACGGAUCCCAAAUUAGAGCUCAGAUAUCCUCACCUCCCUGAUGUCUAGCACUUUUCUAAGUAGGUGGCUCAGCUUUCAUGCACUUAAGCAGCAGGACAAGAGGGAAAUAUGCUAAGAUUUCUCUCAGGGCUUAAAGUACACUGGCAAAUUAACAUCAGUUGUUUUUUCAAAGAAAUCUAAUUUCCUUGCCUAUGUUGCAAAGAACCCCUGAGAAUAUUAAAAACAACUGAGUUUUAAUGUCUAAUUUCCUUUUCACUGUUUACAUUUUGUACCUCUCACAUAUUUGAAAUGAAGCUAGUUAUGUUGACGUCUGUGUCUGGUCAGUUUCACUCAUAUUGCCGGCUAAGGCUGUGAUGUUUGGGUUGCAAACGCUGCAAGGAAAUGUUGAUCUGUGUUUUUUAAAAGCUCCCACCAGUUGGAAUUAAAUAACAUUGGUGGAAAUACUUCUAUUGGCCUAAGCUUCUUUAACAGCUGGUUGUUUGCAAAGCUUAAAUUUGGGGCCCAAUUUCACCUCACAAUGUCCUUUUAAGAUAUUCAUAUCUCUUUUCAAAACCUAUCCUUCAAAUGUCAGAAAAAUCUCUGGCUCACUUCAGUUCUUAUCACAAAGCCACACAGACAUGCUGUCAUGAUAGAAAUGGGGAGAUUUGGCUUUUACAGAAUUUACAAGAAGUAUCCUUUUCUUGAUUUGUUUUUUUAACAUUUUGACCACUCAAUGGGUGCAUUUUUACAGUCUGUGGAAUCAAAUUUCAUCCCUUAAAAAAAAAAGAAGAGAUUUAAAAAAAAACCCUGACAUGUAAGCCAUUCUGACAGUGCCCUUCUAUGUCAUCUAUCUUUGAUCCAGAAGGAAACAAGAAAAAAAAUCUUCAAAUAGUUUUCAGAUAUAAUGUUAAGCAUUAAAAAAACCCAGUUCUCAAAUUAGAAAAGCUGUUUUAAAAUCUAGAGGUUCUAAUUACACUGGACUAGCAUGGACAUGUGUCAUGAGUGGGGUUGAGAUUCUAGGCACUUGAAUAAUAUCAAAAUGUAUGUAUGUAAAAACACUGAUUGGGUUAUACAGUUCUAGCAAGAUGCCCAAAGUCUAAGGUGCAUAUGGGGGUCACUGAACACACCCGAGAAUCCCACAGUUAUGUAGAAACUUGCUCCUUAAAAAUCUGUCUUGUGCAACCUGCCAAGGUAAUGACAAAAACUGUUUGGUUAACAGGGGUGGUUAUCUGACUAUAGGGAAAACAAAACAGUCCUAGAGACUUCGCAGGUGCCUUGAAUAGUCACCUAAGACAGGGGUGGAUUUGUCCAUUGGAGGUGGGGCUUGGUGCAAGUUUCACUCUAUGUGAGUAAUUUCCCAGGGUUCCAGGCAGAUUUGUACAGUAGCUCUGCUACCUUGAAGCUAGCUUGGGUUUAUGUACAAGAAUGGUGGUACACCCUGUGGCUGCAAUGUAGACAUACUCUGUGUAUUUACGGAGCUAAGGAGUUGCAGCACCUGGGCAGGAGACCACCUGUUGGUUUGGAAGCAGGUUUGUCCUACAACAAAAACUCACAGGUCACGUAGUUGUUGGAGCUGUGCAAAAUUUUGCAACAGGUUCUAAGCUUGGGACCAGGUUUUGUUGAGCUUCACCAACCUUCCUGCUAACCUAGGGUGGACUUCUGAGCAAACGGGGGCUGGAAGAGUUAUGGUUUGUGGAGGGAACCAUUCUGGAUGGAUUUGCAUGGUUUUGACACCUGAAUUGGGCAGUUGUGGGUUUGGUUCAACCCAAAAGUCCUGUGAUACAAACCCAGUGAAGUGAGUUCAAAAAAGAAACCAUCACACUAGUGCCCCUGAAAACCAAAACAGACAAGUUUCAUACAGCUCUAGCCAUAGCAUUUAUGUCUGGACAUCAUGAUUCUGCAUCAGAACAGAGUCAUGAUGUGAUGCUGUGAGAUCACGGUCUCCUCAUCAUGCCACGGUGACAUUGAUCUUACCCUGGAGCAUCCCAAGAGGAAGGGAUUCAAAAAUCACCCAAUCAAAAACUGGGAUGAGCGGCAACUCAAAGGAAUUGGAAUUCUCCCCAUCCAAUCAAAUUCGUAAAGUCCCCCCUGCCCGUGAGCUCAGAGCUGAUGUUGGGGGUGGGAGGGAAAGAGGUAUGGUGGGCCAUCUCCCACUCCUUGUUUCUGUGCCUGGGUCAUGAACAUCACCAAGGUUUUCAUGACCCUUCCGCGCCGUGGGCACCUCCAAAAUGCCUGCUGCAGCUGCUUCUGAGUGAAAUUCUGGCCCCACGGACAUCAGUGAAGCCAGGAUUCCACCUUCUGACUUGAAGCAGAGCUAACUUUAAGAUUUAAAGGGUCCCAACAAAGGGGUUAUUUUUGAGGUGCUCAUUCCACUUCUAUAUCCCACCUCCAUCUCUCCUUCUCCCUCCCUGGUCGAUGAGCGUAGACAGCACUUGGCUUUUACAAUCCCACGCUGUGGCACAAAGAGAGGCCCCAAAGCUGGCCAGGCCUGUCCCACUCCUUUGGCCUUUCCCUCACCCAGCAGCGUUGCCAGAGAAUUUGGUAAGACUGCACGUUCACAUUGUCAUUCAUUAUGUGUAGAGCGGGCUGGAAAUUUUCCAAUGGAAUGUUUUUCCUUUGGAAACCAAAACUUCCCAUAAGAACAUGUCAAUUUUGAUAAAAUUUUGUUUCAGGGGGAAAAAAGUGAGGGGGGAAAACAAGAGUUUUGAUGAGUUCGAAACAUUCUGUUAUGACAUUUUCAGAAUGGAACACAUCAAUAUUUAGUUUUGAAAUUUAUAUUACAAAAAUGUAAACUCAUUUUAAAACACCAACACUGAAACAAGAGAGACAAGGUGGGUGAGGUCCUAUCUUUUAUUGGACCAACUUCUGUUAGUGAGAGAGACAAGCUUUUGCGCUUACACAGAGCUCUAAAACAUUUCAAUUGGCCCCAAACCAAAACUUUUUCAGAAAUGUCAGUUUCUGGAAAAUUUUGAAAUUCUUUGGUUUUGUUCUAGUUUGUAACUACGCAAAUUUAGAGAUCACUGAAUUUCCUGCAAAACAGAAAUUCCAAUUCCCAUGCAGCUCUAGUCAGGUAUCAGGAUCACUGUGUGAGAUGUGGUACAUUUUUAUUGCUGGUAGGUCUAUUACAGUAGCGCCUAAGAGUCCCAGUCAUGGAUCAAGUCCCAUGGCAUUAGGUGCUGUACAAACACAGAACAAAGAGACAGACCUUGCCCCCAACAUGGGAUAUAAUUCCCCCUCCAUUCACUUGUAAUCUCUUUUAUUUUAUUUUAAAUUUCACCAAAUUUUCCCCAUUUGUCAAUCCCUUUUGUGGGAUUACAGAGAAAAGCCAAAUACAAGAGAGAGUGGCAUGUGUGCGGAAAACAUGCCAAUCAGUUUAGUACUGCUGUUACCUUCCUUCCCGAGCACAUCUUUCUGAGUUAAAAACGGCAUGAGGAAUUGUGGUGGGGAAGGGAGAUAAUGUGUGGGAGGAAUGUUCGUGAGGACUCGGGGUCUGCGUAGGGAGGAGGUGGGGUAAAGAGACCAAGGCUGUGAUUCUCCAUUCCUUUGCACUUUGUGCAGUCAUUUGUGUCAGUGCAAAGAGGGUGCAUUUUACACCCGUUAUGCACUGAUACAAAUGACUGAACAAGGUGCAGGGCAAACAGAGAACCUGGCCCCACAUCCUGUGUGUCGUUGAUUCAUCUGAUCUUUCACAGCAAGUUGCAAUUUUUGGUUUUAAACCUUCUGUGCAUCAAGAAACAAAAAAUCGAGUCAGUUUCACUGAUGCUCCAUAGUCGGAUCUUUUUAAUCCAGCUGUGCAUGUUGGGAAGCAGCAUGGCCUAGUGGAUAGAGCAUUGGACUGAGACUUAGGAGAUCGGCAUCCUACUCCCAGCUCUGCUGCUGGGUGAGCUUGGGCAAAUCACUCUCUGCCUCAGUUUCCCCAGCUGUAAAAUGGGGAGAAAGAUACUGACCUUCUCUGUAAACCACUUGGAGAUCUAUGGAUGAAAAGUGCUCUGUAAGAGCUAGAUUAUGAUGCGCUGACUAGCUGCUGUCUGGUUUAUAAGGCACUGCACACUAGUGUGGAACGUUUGUAUUGGUAUUAGGUUUUCUGGUUCUGGAGCAAUUGCAAGGCCAUUUUUUUCACUGUGUAGCUAAAGGACUGUCUGACCAAGGUUGCCAGUGGCAGCUCUGAUGGCCCUCAGAGCAAGCCUGCAUGCUCAUUUCUCUGUUACACUGUAUCCCAUGCUCUUGAGGUCAAAUUCCAGUCCUGCCCUUCAGGCCGCAUCAAUGCCGUGGGCAAAUUGAGGAACCAAGGGCUACAAAGAGAGUGGCUGCAGUGAAUGGGUUUGCAACCGAAGGAUUGUAACUCCCGAAAGACAAAGCCAGCAAUCAUCCAGGGAAGGGAAUCAUUCUCCUGUUCUCACUGACCUGCCACUGAAAUCAGUUGGGGUAUGUUGGGAGAAUAGGGGACCUUAGAGUUUUUUUCCCCCACCUUCCUCUGUAGCAUGGUUCACCUGUGGUGAUCAUCCGGACAUCUCAGCUAAUCAAUUCCCUCCCAUUGCAGGAGCUUGGGAUACUGGGGGCACCUUGGUCCCACUCGUUCUCUGCCUGUGGUGCAGUUUCAUUUCCUGCAGACUGAAAUGUUUUGGUCUAACUAAAAUCUUUGGGCACAGCACAAGGGUAACUGGGUGAAAUGUGAUAUCCUGGAGGUCAAACUAGAUGAUUGAUCUGAUGGUCCCUUCUGGCCGUCAACUCAAGGAGCCUAUGAAAUAGCGGGGUGAGGAAAUAAGGCUUAAGCUCCCCUGCUCAAAUGGCGUUUUGUGACUCCCAUGACCCAAAACGUACAGUGAAUAACACGGUGGCCGUGGUUCCCCGAUUCUCCAUUGCCUGCACCAUGUGUGAUUCACCCCUGUGCCAAGUGGGCUAUAAUGCUACAGAAUCAGAACACCAGUGUUUGCCCCCACUUUGCACUGGUCUAAAUGGGGUGCAGGAUGAUUGGGAAAAAAAUCAAGCUUGGGGGCUUCAAAGCUAGUUUUUCACUCAGUGCGGUCCGCCCAUCUGUCGGCUCUGCGCUCAGCCAGCUGAGAUGAGCUCGUGUCUAGCUUGAGCUAAAAAGACAGAGCAGCAGGCUCAGCGUUAAAAUUCCUCGGUGGCUUUAUUUAAUUAAUUAACUUAGUUAAAGAAAUGGGUCCGGAAUUGCCCCUGGCACCAGGCAGCCACAUAUUCAUGGCUCUAAUUGCCAGCAAAUUUUCAUUUAGACCGAGAAAAAGGGGUCAUGAAUAAAGCAGCAUGGAAAACGCUACGUGAAGGGGUCUUUUAUAUCCUCGCUCCCCACCCACUAAGACCAAAUCAAGGGGAGAAUAUGCCCAGAAGCCAAUAACUUUUUUUUUUGCAUGCCUCUUACUUAAAUCUUUUACUGCUGGCUCCUUGAUUCUCACUGCACCUGCCAAAACCCAGUCACACUGUAAUGAAAUCAUCGCUCUAUAUGGCAGGCAUUGCUGGUUCCCCCAGCUGCGCCUCCUGGGCGUGGCAGGUGGAGGACACCUCGAAUGGCACAUUCAGGAGCUCAGCAGUUGUGUUCCACCUGUAUGUACCUGGGGCAUUCAGCACUGCGGGUGGGUUCUCCCUGAAAAUAGCAAGAUGGAUAGGUAUAGUCAAAGGGUUAAAAAGAAAUGGGUAAUCAAUGUUUUUAUCAAGUUUGAUUUAAAAAACGAGAUCCAUUUUGCAUAGAGCCCUUCGUGUCAAGCCUGAGCUGGCUGAAAUGGCAUAGCCCAAGAAGGAGAGCGCUUGACAGGAGUGCUACCAAAACACAGCAGAUGCCUAUGGCUCCCACGAGCACAGCAGUGCAGCGACAGCAGGGGCCCUUUGGUUGACACUCCAGGGAGACAAGGCAUCUGGAGGAUUGGUUUGGAACUGGGUAAAUGCAGCCCCUGAAAAAUUUCACGCCCUGAGCACUGCACUUAGAUUAACCUCACCCCCAGUGUAGACGCAGCGGUGUCGACAGAAGAAUUCUGCCAUCUGGUGAAAUCCAUGUCUUUUUGUGUAUGUUUUUAUGUUGGAAGAAAAAAUUGCAGAUGCUAAGAUUGUUUUUGGCACAAAAUUCAAGAAGUCUUGUGCCACUGUCUGUCAUUGUUCCAGUUGUAUGUGGACCAAUGACUGUUUCCCAACCUCUUCUUUCACUUCCAAUCUGGGCAUUACAAUCUCCCGUAACCAGGACAAGAUCGUGGUUUGGUAUUUCUUUCAUUACAUUGUUCAAUUCUGCAUAGAAUCGCUCUUUCUCUUCUUCAUGUGCAGCGGAUGUUGGAGCAUAUGCCUGGACUCUGGUGCACUUAAUGUGCCGAGAGUGGAAUCGAGCUGCCAGUAGCUUAUCUGAUAUUGGCGGCCAAUUCAUACGUGAUUUCUUUGCAGCGCUAUUCCUGAUGAUUUCUACACCUCCCUCAUGUUCAGUUCCACCUGAAUAUAACAUUGUUUUUUCUCCAGAUGUUAUCAUACCUUCAUCUUUCCAUCUAACUUCACAAAGUCCUAGGUUGUCAAUUUUAUAUCUAUCCAUUUAUUUGAUUACCUGUGCUACUUUUCCUGCACUAUUCAGAGUUCGUACAUUCCAGGUAGCUAUGGAUGUAUUCUUUUUAGCCGUCAGAAUUUGGACCAUCGAGUGGGUGACUUCCCGAAGGAUUUGAUCAUCCACUGUCAUAAUGCUUUCAGAGAAUCAUAGAAUCAUAGAAUAUCAGAGUUGGAAGGGACCUCUGGAGGUCAUCUAGUCCAACCCCCUGCCCAGAGCAGGACCAAUCCCCAACUAAAUCAUCCUAGCCAGGGCUUUGUCACUCCUGACCUUAAAAACUUCUAUGGCAGGGGAUUCCACCACCUCCCUAGGUAACGCAUUCCAGUGUUUCACCACCCUCCUAGUGAAAAAGUUUUUCCUAAUAUCCAACCUAAAUCUCCCCCACUGCAACUUGAGACCAUUACUCCUUGUCCUGUCAUCUGCUAUCACUGAGAAUAGUCUAGAUCCAUCCUCUUUGGAUCCACCUUUCAGGUAGUUAAAAGCAGCUAUCAAAUCCCCCCUCAUUCUUCUCUUCCGUAGACUAAACAAUCCCAGUUCCCUCAGCCUCCCCUCAUAAGUCAUCUGUUCCAGACCCCUAAUCAUUUUUGUUACCCUUCGCUGGACUCUCUCCAAUUUUUCCACAUCCUUCUUGUAGUGUGGGGCCCAAAACUGGACACAGUACUCCAGAUGAGGCCUCAUCAAUGUCGAAUAGAGGGGAACGAUCACGUCCCUCGAUCUGCUGACAAUGCCCCUACUUAUACACCCCAAAAUGCCAUUGGCCUUCUUGGCAACAAGGGCACACUGUUGACUCAUAUCCAGCUUCUCGUCCACUGUCACCCCUAGGUCCUUCUCUGCAGAACUGCUGCCUAGCCAUUCGGUCCCUAGUCUGUAGCGGUGCAUUGGAUUCUUCCGUCCUAAGUGCAGGACUCUGCACUUGUCCUUGUUGAACCUCAUCAGAUUUCUUUUGGCCCAAUCCUCCAAUUUGUCUAGGUCCCUCUGUAUCCUAUCCCUACCCUCCAGCAUAUCUUCCACUCCUCCCAGUUUAGUGUCAUCUGCAAACUUGCUGAGGGUGCAAUCCACACCAUCCUCCAGAUCAUUAAUGAAGAUAUUGAACAAAACCGGCCCCAGGACCGACCCUUGGGGCACUCUGCUAGAUACCGGCUGCCAACUAGACAUGGAGCCAUUGAUCACUACCGGUUGAGCCCGACAAUCUAGCCAACUUUCUACCCACCUUGUAGUGCAUCCAUCCAGCCCAUACUUCUUUAACUUGCCGACAAGAAUAUUGUGGGAGACCGUGUCAAAAGCUUUGCUAAAGUCAAGGAAUAACACGUCCACUGCUUUCCCUUCAUCCACAGAACCAGUUAUCUCAUCAUAGAAGGCAAUUAGAUUAGUCAAGCAUGACUUUCCCUUGGUGAAUCCAUGCUGACUGUUCCUGAUCACUUUCCUCUCGUCACUUUCCAUCCUCCUCAGGCUGUGAUUUUUGGUUUAUGUGGUUUAUGUGAGUAGUUUCUGUAGCUAGAACUUGGGUUUUUUUUUACGGUGAUGGGAAGCCGCCCCAUCGACCAACCCUCCUCCUUUUUGAUCUUGGUUUGGGACCCUCCUCCUUUUCGAUCCUGGCUUGGGUCCGGCACUGGCGGAGUUGCAUUAUAUUAUAUAUAAAGAAAAAGUUGUUUCAGACUGAAAUAUUGAAAUUUUUCAUUCCGAACAUGUCAAAUCAGGAUGUUUUGAUAUUGUCAGAACUUUUUCCCACCCUGUUUUUUCGCCCCCAAAACAAAAUUCCAGCAAAAUUGAUCUAAUUUUGCGGGAACCUCCUAUUCCAAUGGAAUAGGGUUCUAUCCAAAUUUGUCAUGACAAGGAAUAGGCCGUCUGGCUGUUCAUCUGUCUACAUCUCCCCUCGCUCUCUGCAGAACUACUCUAUCUCACAGUUCCCCUUUGCAGUGCGGCAGCUACUGGUCACCAAACCACCCGUUCCCCAGUUAGUCUCAUUCUCUGCUCAAAGGUUAAAAAAACAAACCACCAGACACCACGGUGCUCCUCAGCAAUGAAAAUCACCAGACCACGGUGCUUUCCUGUGCAGCACUGCUGGGAAGAGUGUUAUGGCACAGCAGUGACUCUCAAGCUCUGUUCUGUUGCAGCUCACUUCGAAAUCUUAUUUCCUAGCCUCCAUUCCACCAGCGAGUUUGUUGGGUCACGGGGAAAGGCAUUAAGUGGGCAAGGCGGACUUAAAAGCUGGGACUGUUGCAUGCAUCUUGUUGCUACUGUCUAAGGGAAUUGGUUUAGUAGCUAGCGGGCUGGACUAGGAGUCUGCAACCUUAGUUCUAUUCCUGGCUCUGGUCCUGCGUGACCUUGGGCUAGUCAUGUCAUUGCUGCGCCGCCAUUCCCCUCCCCCACCCUGUGCAAAAAGAUCACUGUAAACCUGACUUUCUUUGAUAAAGAGUGUUGAGAACUGCUGUGCAGAUCUAGGGAUUACUGAUGUAUAGGACAGGAGGACCUAGAGGCCCCAACCCAGAUUGUGCCUGGUGCUGCUCAGACAGAGAUAGUUCCUGCUCCAAAGAAUCCAUGGUGUGAACAGACAAGGGGUGAGAGGGGAAACUGAGGCACAGCGGGGUUUAUACCACCCCUGUUCAGUAGAAGUGUAGCUGGCAUGGAAGUGAAAACACCAGGGGCCAUAUGAGCCAUGUGUACGCUAGUGCUGGCACCACCAAUGUGAGAGCAACAAUGGGAGAUUUUUAAAAGACUAGUGUAGACGAGGCUCUAUUGUGGUUUUGUAUCUAGUGGGUUUUUACUGAGUUUAGCAAUAAGUCAGACCUGGGCUUUCUGAAACUUGUCCCCCAGGCUGGCUUGAUACUCUGCCCCGAUCUCGUCUGAAACCCAGCCCUGGGCUUGCUCAGAAUGUCUUAACUUCAACAAACCUGACUCAAGUUCAGGGCUCAUAACAAAACCCAGAAUCUGGGAUGUCCUCACACAGCCGUGCUUGUGGGCCCUUAGAAAACUGCCUGUCCUUAAACCAGUUCUCUAGGAAUGGUUCCAAACAGUUUUCCUGAAUCUCCUACUCUGUGCUGUCUAUCCUUUCAUUUCAGAGAAUCGCUCCCUGUAUUCUUUUUUCAGGGAAAUAUUUCUUACCCCCCCUCCCCCCAUAUACACACUCCUAAACACUCACGUCCCUCCAAAAAAAUCCCUCUUAAACCCAGUGGAGUACAGAUACAUCCCUAUUUUGGCCUCUCCAAAUCUCUCUGUCUAGUGGGAAUGAACAAACACAAAUACCACACAAGCAGUAAACAAGAUGCCAACUUUUCUCCUUCCUCUGCCAGCAGACUGGGCCCCCCCUGAUUCUUGCAGGCUCCUAUUCCUAGCAACAUUGGUGGAGGAUUAUCUAUUUUUUUUUUUUAACUCUCUCAAUAGUAAGUUGGACACUGCCGGUCCAGGCAGGCGCUAAACCCCUAAGUGAUUAGCUUAGCUUUCCGCCCACAUGCCCCUCCUCCCCUGCUAAACUGACACUGAAUUUCAAUUUGCAAGCUGGGAAAUAAGUGAUGGUCCCAUUCCCCCUCCCAAUAAACAUUGACGGGCUCUCCAGAGGACUGGGACAUGGUUGUAGCUGAACCACAGGAAACCGCAGUGAAACAAAAGGCUGCUGGAGGAACAGAACACAGGGACGAGGAUGAUUAUGACACAAAUGGGGUGGGGGAACUGCAGGCGGGUGAAGAGAGAAGAGCUGUUGGAGACGGCAAUAGGACUCUUUAAAAGCAAUGAAAUGAGACUAUAAAUAAGCGCCAGUGCCCAAGGAGAAGUGGGAUAAUCUCUGGGCAGGAGGCACAUGGAUCUCUCCCAAGCUGGUUGGAGAAGGGAAGAGAGAGCGAAGGUGUCAUAGACCAUUUCUGUCAUCACUGUCAUGGUUAGAGAAGCGGAGGGAGAAUGAGUGCAGUGGGCAAAGCCAGGGCUGGGCUAAGAGUGUAUUCCAAGCAGUCGAGACACCUGCAUGCAGAUCUAUUUGGGCAUGGCCCAAGGGCUAAGUUUGGUCCCAUUUCAGCAGUCCACCCCAUUCAGCAAUUCGCUCUCAGGUGCUUUGCUGGACAGGGAUGUGCUUAAGCACCUGCUUAAGUAUUUUACUGAACCAGGAUCCUCAAGUGGAACCUGCAGCUGCUCCCGCCGUAUCACAGGAAAGCCAGUACAAAUGCUGACUGGCCAGUGGUUCUUACUGCUGCUGAACUCCUCCAAUGAGCCAUUUCUGUUCAUCCGUCACAUGCGGAUGGUGCUCAGGGCCAUGUGAGUUUUAUUUAUUUGUUACAAAAGCAGAGGCAGAUUGUGAUCAUGACGAAUUGCCAUCACAGCCCUGGGCACUGCAAAUUUUGGGCCGCCCCUCUUAUGGGUUGCAAACUCAUGAUCUGGUUCCACCUGGUAAAUAAAGAGACCGAUUCUUUUAGUUACGAUGUAGCAGCUGCUCUAAAAGCAAUGGGCUGGAUUCUCAUCUGGUGACCUGCUGACUUCCAUGCAGCCAUGCCACUUUAUAUCAGCUGUGGAAUCUGGCACCAGAUUGUUUUAAGAGUGGUGCACCCAGAAAUAGAAAACUAUUAGCAUUCUGAGUGUGUGUGUGUGUGCGGGGGGGGGGGAGGGGGGGAAACGGGUGCGAAUGGACACAGACCCCUGCCUGCAAACAUUCCCCUAGUACUGCCAUCUAAACUGAGGUUAGAGACGGACCCGAGGCACAUAGUGUUCCAUUAGCUGUGAGGGAUGCAUUAGGCAGGCAGAAUUGUAGGUAAGAUCUUUAUUGAGCAUACCACAAGGCCGGUGUUUGUCCAGUCGUAGUCUGGCCACCCGUUUGAACCACCAAAUAGCGUCCUUCCUGGAAUUGGACCCUCUAUCUCCAGUCCCACUCAUCAUACGCCACAUGGAGAAAAUUCUGAUCUGAACUAAGUUUGGGGGGGAUAUAACUGGGUUUCAGUUCCAGGACUUAGGCUCAGCGCAUUAUAGAAGCAGAAACCAGCUGCAAAGCUUAGAUCCCAUUGGAACUUUUUCACAGUGCACGAAAACUUGGAUAUUGGGAUUUUGUUCAGAUCCAUCUCUAAUAAAAGUACCACCCGAUCUCCCUUUCCUGGGAAUAACUUCCAUUUUUAGAGUGUUCUGUAUUAUAAAGAAGCUUUUUCCCUUUUUCACUCGACUGUUAACAGACAAGUGUAUUUUUGUAUAUCCAAUACUUGAAGGAAUCAGAUACCACUUUCCCCAUCUCAUCUUUAUUCCUGCUAUUGUAAUUAAAAUUCUGCUGACUUCCUUCCCCAAUGUAUUUCCCAUCUCCCUCCGUGCUCAUCUGCUGCCCUAGAUUCACAUGCGUGAGAACUGAGACGGUGAAUGAAAAUCAGUCCCUCAUGAUUACGAUACCUUGUGCCUAAAGAACCUCGUGGUUCUGCCCCCAACUCAAAUAGCAAGUCCUGGCUCAGAGAGAAGGGUGGGAUUUUCAAAGGAGGCUAAUGGGAAACGAAGGAGGGAUUUUUCAAACUCUCUAAGAGAUUCAGGAGCACAAAUCCUAUUGAAAGUCAAGUCAUUGAGGCCCAGAUCCUCAAAAGGUACCUAACUCUCAUUGAUUUCAAUGGAAGUUAGGCACCUAAAUACCAUAAAGGGUCUGGGCCUUAGGCAUUGAGGAAAAUUCCACCACUUACUCCCUUAAUUGUCUUGGAAAGUCCCAUCUUAAGAGUGCAUUGUAUCCAGGGGCUUUGAAGAUGCUACAACCUUUUGCUACAGCCACUCAAUGAACUAUUUACAAAUGUGAUACGAUUCCACUUGCAGUGUUGCUGUAGCUGUGUUGGUCCCAGGGUAUGAGAGAGAAAAGUUGGGCGAGGAGCUCUCUGUUAUCGGACCAACUUCUUUUGGUGAGAGAGACAAGCUUUUGAGCUUACACACAGCUCUUCUUCAGGUCUGAAGCUCAAAAGUUUGUCUCUUUCACCAACAGAAGUAUGUUUGAUAACAGAUAGUACCUCACCCAAGUUGUGUCUCUCUAACAGGAUUAUAUUGUUGCUUGAUUGGUCAAUUCUAUUCUUUUCUCCCCCCCCCCCCCCCCCAAUCUGUAUUUUGUGUUUAAAGUUCUCCCUCUUCCUCUCCGCUUUUUUUGUGUUCCUUUCGGAAAACACUCUGCACUGAUUUUUAUGUAAAAUAAACCUCCCAUGUGUACAGACUCUGGGACAUUGCUCCAGUCUGUUGCAGCUCUGUUUACUUUGAUUGAUUUUAA